UAGUCCGUGACGACGCAUGCGCAGUAUUUGUUGAGGCGUCAAGGAAUUUCAUUGUUGUUGGGCAGAUAAAGACGACAAAUGAUUUGUGGCUCAAGGACAUGCAGGUGCAUUGAACUAUCGCUUACGGAUACAGCACAUGUAUUGGCUGGAAUAUUUGAGGCUCUUCACCUUUUGUACAGGCACAUGCACAUACAGCCCUUCACGUCGGCUUUGGCGCUAAAACUUUAGUCACAAAAAUGUGGCAGUUACUUGGCCUAAUACUGGGAGGGGCUUUACUGAAGCUCCUUUUGUCACUUCGGAAGAUUAUAAACAAACGGAAUGCCCUGAAGAAGCUACCCUCUCCACCCGGGGCGCAUUGGUUGUAUGGCCACGACAAGCAGGGUCCCUUUGACCCGGGCUACAAGUGGCUGAUUGACACCGUUGCAGCCUUCCCAAGAGUCUACACUUUGUGGCAAGGACCGGUUCCUAUACCCGUAAUGGUCCAUCCUGAAACCAUGAAACCUUUGUUGACAGGCGCAGUGAGCAACAUAAAAUCUGAAUUCUACGACCUGUUUGUUGACUGGUUAGGCAGUGGUUUAGCCACUGCAGAAGGCGCAAAAUGGAAGAGAAAUCGGCGCCUCUUGACCCGCUCAUUUCACUUGGACAUCCUACGCACCUACACCCCCGUUUCUAAUGACUGCGUGGAGGUACUUCUGGACAAGCUGGGUAGAUCUGCAGCCGUAGGCCAAAAAUGCGACAUAUAUCGUUACCUUGCCUUAUGCACCUAUGAUGUGAUUCUGCGCACGGCCUACUCUUACAAGUCAAACUGCCAGGUAGAAGAGAUCGGUCAAGACAAAGGAAUGGAUGUUCUAUCGGCUAGUGAAACCAUGAUGUGGUUUGUCCAGGAACGUAUGUUCCGCAAUCGACUUCUAAUUAAUCCUUGGAUCUUUCGACUGAGCUCCAACUACGCCAAGUAUGAGAGUGCUUGCCAGUAUCUCCACAAGUUUUCCCAGAAUUUAAUCCAGGAGCGAAGGAAAGAAAUAUCUCACAAGGUGGAUACUGCAGAACCCAUAACCAAGCCCCGCGAUUUCCUGGACACGCUCAUCAUGGCCAGAGAUGAAGACGGCACCAGAUUGACAGUCAAGGAGAUGGUAGACGAGGUCAACACUUUCCUAUUUGCCGGCCACGAGACCACGGCUACUUCCAUGACGUGGUUACUGUACUUUUUGUCUAAGUAUCCUGAACAUCAGACCAAAAUCAGGGAAGAGGUCGACGAGAUACUUGCAGACAGAGACUCCGACAGAAUUAGUUUCGAGGACCUUGGCCGUUUUGACUACAUGACCAUCGCUAUAAAGGAGUCUAUGCGAAUGAUGACUGCAGGGCCCUUGUUCAUUCGUACCCUGGCUGCUCCAUACACGGUAGACGGCUUCACAAUCCCCAAGGGAACCAUGGUUGGAAUCUGCUUCCAUCAACUCCACCACAACCCGACUGUCUGGGGUGACGAUCACAUGGAGUACAAGCCUUCUCGCUUCCUGCCUCAAAAUAUCGCCAAGAUGGACCCUUUCUCCUUUGCGCCGUUCUCCGCUGGGACGAGAAACUGCAUUGGUCAGCAGUUCGCCAUGAACGAGAUGAAGAUAUUCACGGCCCGUAUCCUCAGACGUUUUCGUCUGAGCUUGGUAACAGGGGAACCAGAUGUAGUUCCAGCCAUGAAUCUUGCAUCAAAACCCAUGAAACCACUGUAUAUCGACGUUGAACCAACAGAUAGGGCGUCUUGAAGGCAGUGGGUAAUGUCGAAAGUCGAGCGUGCAGCAAGGGAAUUCUUUCAUUCCUCCUUUCAAAUGAGGUCAUGAAAAUGGCUGCGCAUUUAGGAGUAGUGGGGGGGGCAAUCCAGCACAGUUUGACCUUUGCUACAAAAAUGGCAAAAGGUUACAUUAAUAUUCAUAAGUAUAAUAAUAAUAUGAUAUUGAUAUGAAUAGGAAUGAGGUGUAGGGUGAGAAAUUAUAUCACAGAAUGACCUUUGGUAAGGGAUAAGCAUAGGAUAAGGUCAGAAAGUUUGGUACAGGUUGACCCUGGUGUAUGGGAUAAAAUAGGAACAAGGCCUAGUACAGGGUAAAAUAUUUGGCACAAUUUGACCUUGCUUCUAAAAUUAGGGCACAACAUGAUGAAAGAGGAUGAGUCAUACAGUGUGUGAUGGUAUACUGACUGGCCCACCAGGCAAUCCUAAGGUAAUCAAGGAGUAGGAAGCGAUAAUCCCUACACAAUAGACAGCUCGUGCCGCCCGUUAAUGAGAGGGAUAAUCCCUAGAUAAUGGACUGUAUGUAGUGGCUGAGCUGUGUCGGCAGACUAUUGUGUUAAUGAUUACAUUGUCUACGUUGGAAGUGAGGGUUGGUCUGACUUUAAAACCUUUGGACACUAAGGAAGAGAGGGCGCCCAUAUGCUAGCGGUCUUGGGUUUGGCUUACUAUGGCUACCGAGAUUUGAUCGAUACGGGAAGAAGACUCUGUUGUCCCUAGCUGAAUGCUUUAAUCCUUUGAACUAGAGUGUUUUACGUCCCGUUAUCCUGUACAUGUAUACGUUUCACAAAUUCAGUCAGAGCAAAUUGGCCUUUUUAGUGCAGGGGGAAGUAAACGCCAAACCUACACAGUCCAAUGAGAUUACCAAUGAGAUUUUGAGUUUAAAAAAGGCCACUUUGAACAAUAAAAAGAGCAUUAUUUAUACAAUGAAAAGAGCAAUAAAAA